CUCCCCACCAACAUUUCCUGCUUAUUCGGCAGAACCCUAGCCGCCGCGCCGCCCCAAGAACCGGGAAAGGGAGGCGACGAUCCGGUGAGCCCCUCCUCGUCGUCGAAUCCCGCCACCUCCUUUACCUUCGCCGGCAGGGAUGGGCGGGAAGGCGAAGCGGGCGUCCAUCUUCAUCAGGCUCGUGUCGGCCGCCGGCACGGGGUUCUUCUACGUGAAGCGCAAGAACCCUCGCCGGAUCACGGAGAAGCUCGAGUUCAGGAAGUACGACCCCCGCGUCAACAAGCACGUCCUCUUCACGGAGGCCAAGAUGAAGUGACCCCCCGCGCGCGCGCGCAAGGCCUUCGCCGGAAGAUGGAAUAACGCCGUCGAGUACUGUAACGAACCUCAGAGAGGAGCUUCAUCUGUUCUUGCUCGUAUUGUUUUUUUUUCCUUUUGCCUGUACUGUCGAUGUGCUGAGCUCAUCUGUUCCUUCCUGCUGCUGAUCCAAGUCCAUUGCAUCCCCAUCCAUGAAGCUACUGGUCCAGGUCCCUGUUGCUGUACUGUUGCCGUGUUCUCUCCCUCCCUGGCAUCGUCUAGACGGAUUUGACAUUUCGCCUGUCUGUGUAACUUGCUUUCUUGGUCCAACAGAACGUCGGUGACUAUUUGGCAUUUGUGGAAACUAAAAAUGGAAGUGGUGGUCGGCCACCUGAUUUGAGGUUGUA